UGACGAGCGACCCUCCUCCCAGCCGCCUCUGGGAGGCUCGAGACCUCCGCGCGCGAUGAGGUUCCCAGGUAAUCUGCUGACCCAGAGGAUACAUUUUGAGAAGAAGGUUUAGAGUGAGACAAGAAGAGACCCAGAAUCCAACCUUGAAGAGCUCAUUAUUGUUUAAGUGGAAUAGGAGGAAUCUACAAAAAGGACUGAAGAAGAAGUAGGAAGAAAAAAACAAACAAUAUUUAUUAUAAUUACCUAAGGCUCUGAUCAUUUUCAUGGUGGGAUAAAGGCCAAAUUGCAGGAAAUGCAGCAUAAGUAGAAGGAAUAAAGAGAAAAUAUAAGACAUAGAUGACUUCCUGAGAUAGUUUUGCUAUAAAACAAAGAAGACAGGAUAAAAGAGGCUUGAAUAUAUUUAAGCGUCAAUGAAAAGAUGCCAGUUGAAAGAAGGAGGCUGUGGGAGUGGAGAAGACAUAAAUAAUCCAUAGCCCAAGGUUCCAUAUGGGGAAGGAAGAAAGAUCCAGGAACACGUGACAUUACAUGAAGAGCCACCUCCUUAUUUAUCGGGUGGAAAAGAGGAAAGGAUGGAAAAGAGGAAAGGAUGCGUGCAGGUGCUUGCAAUGGCUGCUACUGUGAACUUGGAACUUGAUCCCAUUUUUUUGAAAGCUCUAGGCUUCUUACAUUCAAAGAGUAAGGAUUCUGCUGAAAAGCUAAAAGCAUUACUUGAUGAAUCUUUGGCUCGGGGAAUUGAUUCAAGUUACCGUCCAUCUCAAAAGGAUGUGGAGCCACCCAAAAUUGCGAGCACAAAAACUGUUGCUGUUAAGCAAGAUCCCAAAACAUCAUCCAGCCUUCCUUCUGGCAAUAAUAAUGGCAAGGUUCUCACAACUGAAAAGGUAAAGAAGGAAGCUGAGAAGAGACCUGCCGAUAAAACAAAAUCAGACAUCACUGAAGGAGUGGAUACACCAAAGAAACCUAGGUUGGAGAAACCAGAGACACGGUCCUCUCCCAUUACUGUCCAAAGCAGCAAGGAUUUGGCUAUGUCUGACCUUUCCAGCUUUGAGGAGACCAGUGCCGAUGACUUUGCCAUGGAGAUGGGCUUGGCCUGUGUUGUUUGUAGGUACGUUGUACCUUGCCACAGAUUUUUUUGUUUCUUUGUAGAGAGCAAACAACUAAAAAAAAAAGUCAGACCAGUUACAUCUGCAGUUAUUUCAGGAAAUUCUUCUAGUACCAGUGUUUCCUCUUCAGGAGCUAGUGGUCUAACUGGGUGGGCAGCUUUUGGAGCCAAAACUUCUUCUGCUGGUCCAUCAACUGCAAAAUUGAGUUCAACAACCCAAAACAAUAGCGGGAAACCUGCUACGUCAUCAGCUAACCAGAAGCCCGUGGGUUUGACUAGUCUGGCCACAUCAUCCAAAGGUGGAAUAGGUUCCAAAAUAGGUGCCAGUAACAGCACCUCACCCACUGUACCAUUGAAACCACCUCCGCCUCUAACUUUGGGCAAAACUGGCCUCAGUCGCUCAGUUAGUUGUGACAAUGUUAGCAAAGCAGGUCUUCCUAGUCCAAGUAGUUUAGUUCCAGGAAGCAGCAGCCAGCUAAGUGGGAAUGGAAAUAGUGGGCCAGCCGGGCCUAGUGGAAGUACCACCAGCAAAACCACUUCAGAAUCGAGCAGCUCUCCCUCAGCAUCCCUUAAAGGUCCAACUUCACAAGAAUCACAGCUCAAUGCCAUGAAGCGAUUACAGAUGGUCAAGAAGAAAGCAGCCCAAAAGAAACUCAAGAAGUAAUGCGGCCACGUAGGUUUUUAUAUCAUGUUACUCUAAAGAUUGAAAUCUUACUAUUAGGACAGAAACUGUAAUAUACUAUAAUUUAAUAAAAAUCUUGAUAAUGAAA